AUGGAAAGGCUGAAAAAGAGUUUAAUAGAUCUCAAUCCAGUGGCAAAACGGCCGGAGAGGGAUCAGAGGAAUUCCUUAGAGAAGCCCAGAAAGUAUCUGUCCACAGGGGCGCAGAAAAAUAGAGAGCAAGAGCUAAAGAUCCUUGUAACAGCAAAGGAGGCACGGGCCAAGUCGGGAAAGGGCAAAGCUUUCAUCUGUGCAGUUUUGGGUGCGUGUUUCACCGCUUCGAGAGAUGAAAAGCAAAGCCAAAACGAACGAGAGAAUAAAAUCAUUUCCUCCUUGCAGGAUCUGGUAGAUUCCCUGCAAGGGCAUAUAGUAACUUCAAAGGACGAAGUGGCAGAUCUUAAGGAUAGAUUAAAAACAGAGCAGAAGUGGCAAAACUGGUUUUUGAAGAAGGAAGAACGGCAGGCAGAGCCUGCCUCCAUAUACCCUCAGGCAGAGCUGGCAGCAGCAGAGGAAGCUGCGGCUCACAUGCGUCCUCUCAUUAAAACCGAGAUGCUGUAUGAGGAUGAGGAUGGCACCCCUGCCAUCACAACCAAAGAGAUACCCUUUUCUUCCACUGAGCUGGCCAAACAGCGUAAAGAGUUUACACGUUCUGCUGGGGAGUCUGAGGUGGGAUAUGUAUGGCGUGUUUCUAAAACUGGAGGUGAUCAAAUUAGGUUGACAGAGGCUGAAGCCACAGGCUAUUGGGGUGCUAAUGUGUUCCUAACUACGGGCAAUAGGAGUGGUCCCUGGAGCCUUACUCAGCGAGCAACUUUCUGGGCUGGGGGCUUUGAUUCAAAAGAGAGAGGAGAGCCUCUAGUUCUGAGGGGAGGCAUGGAUCAGACAAUGGAAAAUGUGCAGAAGGCAGCUUGUUUGCAAAUGGUCUAUGAUCGAGAACUGAAACAUCAUUUUGAAUCACCCCUUUCUCUCUUGGUGGACCCAAAGCGAAUGACUCCUUGUCGGGGGCUUCCUGACUCCCUUAAGAUGAAGGGCAUCCAGCUUCAAAAGGAGAUAGCUGACACCCCACUUACCUCCCGAAUACAAGCUGCUCUGAGGGAGAACUUAACACCCGGGAGGAGGCAGCCUGAUUGCAGACAAUGGACGUGGGAGGAGGUGGCCAGAGAGCUAUUAGAUUAUGCCAGGCAAUACGGGGUGCCUGAGGAAGUUCAUAAGCCUGAACCUAGAGGCUUGAGGCAGGUGAAAAUUAAUCGCCCACCUCCGAGUCCAGACCCCCGGAGCCAGAUGCUUCGAAUCCCCAGGCGACACUCGACUGGGGGAAGGGAGCAUCUGAAUACUAGACAGUAUUGGUGGUGGGUAGGCCGAAAGAAAGGUAUCCCAAAAGAAGUGAUUGCCGGGAACGGCGCUCAGAACAGCAGAGAAAAGACGGACACGGCCUCACGAGUAAAAGCACCUGUGCAGGAGGGACAAGUGACUUCGGACCCAGGAGAAACAAAGUGA